AAAAGCUAACACUCCUCCUUCACCAUCACCAUCAUCACCAUCAUCAUUUGAGUGCUGGGGAGUGGUGAGGGAGGACGCAGCUGGAACACUCGAGAUGUUUGUCAAGCCGUUUAGGAUUAAAUCACAAACACAGCUUAAGGGUUCUGAUCGUAAAAAGCUGAGAGUGGAGCUCGGGGAGGCAUUCCCUUCCUUGACGGCAGAUGACCUGACUGUCCUGGUGCCCAACAAGGAGGAUGUGGUGCUCAUCCGCAUGUACUGCUACAAGGGGGAGUCUGUCCUCGUCUAUCAGGUACAGAAGGAGCCUCUAUUCUUUGUACUGGAGAAGGAGAAGAAGAUGUACCCAACAGUCUACUUGCUGUGGCGACACCCAGAUCUCCUCCACACCUUCACCACACACCCACCUGUCAUUGGCGUGCUGGCUGGCGGCGCAGACCUCAUGCUGCCGGGCAUUGUUACCAAGGGAGAGAUGAGCCCAAAGUCUUACGGGAGAUUUGAGAAGGGCUUUCCUGUGGCAGUCAACACCAUAGAGAAUAAGGCUCCAAUGGCUGUGGGAGUCACUGCCCUCAGCUCCAUGGACAUGUACAUGGCAGGGAGGCAGGGCCGGGGUGUCAGCGUCCUGCAUGUCUACAGGGACCUACUGUGGGAGAUGGGCACCAAGACUCCACCGCCCUCCCUUGGUGUGCCUGACAUUGUUGCUGAGACCCUUGUUUCCCCCUCAGAGAGUGCUAAUGUGGAUAUCCAAGAGAUCAGUGACAGCAAUGUGGACAAGGAGAAGGAAGGUGAGGUGGAGCAGCUGACGGAUGAGACACAGAGACUGGAGCUGGAGGGUGAUGAAGUGACAGAAGGUAGUGGUGAGUCAGCUGACCACCAUCAUGAGGAGGAACACUCACACAUGCCAACAGCCACAGGUCCAGAGGCAAUGGACAACCUCCUACUGCACUGCUUCCUCAAGGCAUGGAAAACUUCUGCCAAGAAGAUAGAGAUUCCCAUUCUCACCAGCAACUUCUACCGGUUACACAUGGUGCCGGCAUGUCCAGAUGGAGCAACACUGGACAUCAAGAAGUCGUCAUACAAGAAGCUGUCCAAGUUUCUGAAUGCCAUGGCCAAGAAAAAUCUCAUUCAAGUGAAGGAGUUCCCUAAAGGCAUCGAGAACAUCACUGCAAUCAAUUGGGCUCAUGAAGACAUCAAGGCUUUUGUGGUAGACCUGGAAGAGACAACUGCCAAACCUGACCCAGGCAAGAGCAACAGUGGCUCAGGCUUUGUUCCUCCAACUAUAGAGGAAGUGUACCAGGUGUCAGGAGACACUGUGGCAUUCUUCAGGGCGUGUGGCUGCAGUAAAGGAGAUGUAUUACUGUCUGGAGAAGUGAGAACUUUGGUGACAAAUUAUAUCAAGACAAAGGGUCUGCAAAAGGAGGGUCAGAAAGUAGUAAAUCUUGACCCUGUGCUCCAUGAGACAGUAGUGAACAGGAAGGAAGGCUACAAGGAAACCCUCCGCUGGGAUGAAAUCUUCUCCCGCAUGUUGGGCAAGAUGGCUCCCGCUGCAAGGAUCACCCGUGUUGGCUGCGCACCCAUCAUCAGAAAGGGCAAGCUGGAGCCCAUCGAGCUGGCGGUAGCCAAACGAAGUGGUAACAAGAAGGUGACGCUGGUAUACAACGUUCACAUCUAUGGCAUUGAAGAAGCUGAGUUUGCCCACCAAAUACAAGUUGGUGUGGCAGCAAGCACAAGUGUUGGUCCUGCCGAGCACAAGCCUCAGGGCACCACUCAAGUCCUAGUGCAGGGAAAUCAAGUGGCCUUUAUUGGGAAACUUCUGUUAGAAACUUAUCACUUACCAAAAAAAUACAUCCGUGGCCUUGAGUUGGCUGGGAAGGGGAAGAAGUGAGGCUGAUGGUGGAGUCUCCAUGGCAGUGCAGCAUCCCUUCACAGUGUCCUGACCUCCAUGCUAACCAUUACCACUACAAUAUAAUAAAUUAUAUAUUAUU